ACCUUUUUGCAGAAAAAAAAAAGUGUGGAUUUAUUAUUAUUCUUCCUACUAUAAUUCCAUUCUUUGGAGCUUUUCACUAACACGCUACAUCCUCCCCCUGACCCCUCUCUCCCCUUCAUUGAAGCGCAUACUCUAAUUUCUCCAUUGAAGCGGCUUCCGAGCUCUAUCUCCUCCAUUGAACCGGCUUCUGAGAUUUUGGUUGCAUUAUUGUGUUAGAAGAAUUAGACUUUGUUGCUGGCAUAAAGAAUUUGAGAUGAGGCUAUUGACACACAACAUGCUAUCUUCAAACAUUAAAGGGGUAACAGACGGGUUCCCUUUAAAGAUAGAGGCGGAGAAGGUGGUGGAGAAAGAGGUCGAUAUGAAUACAGAUUUCCUUAAGAACAUCUUCACCAAGAUCGAGUGGAAGCCCUUUGUUGAAGCUGCCAAGACCUUGGGAUAUUCUGAACUGCCUGAAGAUGUUGAUCCUUCUCUACUUGACUCUCAAGAUUUUCUCACCAAGUUCCACCAUGCGCUCCUUGAGAUUCACCUUGAAGAAGGCGCUCUUGUUUGCCCUGAAACUGGCCGUAAGUUCCCUGUUAGUAAAGGUAUCCCUAACAUGCUUCUUCAUGAGGAUGAAGUCUGAUAAUUUAGGAUUUUAUUGACUUGUUUGUUAGUCGUUUGCUGGUACUCGAAUGGUUUGUACUUUGUAGUAGAGAAUGAUAAGCUCGGGACUAGUUCUGCUGAGCUUGUUCUGUUUUUAUUUAUUGGGAUGAAUUGUCACAAUGAAGUUGUAGAUUUUACUGGAAAUCUUAAUGCAAGUUUUUUGGUCUAUUUUCUACUGUGAA